CAGCCAAAACGCCGGCCUGGCCGCUCUCAUCUUUCUCUCUGGUUGCAUAAAAAUACAACAACAAAUUAAAUUCGUAAUUUCGUUAGCUUAUAAAUAGCACGUAUUUUGCAAAAUAGUAGCAAGUUUUGCAAAGAGCGCUUAAAAAGAGAUGCAAUGGCGUCGAUGCAGGAGAGACUAAAACUCAAGCGUGCAAACUGUGAUGCUUGGACGACACGGGAACAAUUAUAUCUUGCAUCGAGCGUAUUGAAGUCCGGGGAUCAAAAUUGGAUGAGUGUGUCCAGAUCGUUGAAGUCGCUGAUCGAAAAGGAAUCGCUAAGGCCUCCAGAAUGGUUCUCGCAAAAGUCAUGCGCCAUGCAAUAUGCGUCUUUACUCGAGAAUGCGGACACACCGAAGAGGAAGAAGCGAGAGAGUGGCGAAACCACCAGCGAAUCCAUCGUCAGAAGAUUGACGCAGGAGAGAAUAUCCGAAUUGAACCAGGCUCUGAUUUCCCAGAAGGAUGAGUAUCUGCGGCUCAAAGCGGAUAUAAACCUGCUCAAGUCGGGCACAAUAAGCGAGGAAAAGCUGGAGAAAAUGUGGCUCGAGAUACAACAGGAGGAACGAGAGACGGAUCAAAAGGCGCGGGCUCACGUGGCCUGGUUGAAACGUCAACAACAGCAGAAGCAAGAGAUGAGUUCGCUGCCUGUGGUCUCGUCCCCGAUCGCGAGUCAGACGCGCAAACACGCGGACAACACAGUAGAAGUGGCGCAGUCAGAGCACGCGUCCGAGUCCGCGUCGGAAAACAACGACGAGGAGAGAAAGAACAACCGAGGCGGUAGAUCUCCGUUACUGACAAGCUUGCUAAAAUCUCCCAGUCCGACCACUCAGACUAUACAGACCUACCCGUCCACUCCCGUUCAAGUCAGUUCGCCGACCAUCACCAGUCUACUCGGCUCCAACUCGAAAAUACUGAACGCCCAAUUGACGCAGAAUGUGUCGCCACAGCUACAGCAGCUGGUCUCGACGGCGAUCGCCAGCGCGAACGCGACUACGCCGCCGUCCGUAGGCGCGCCUACGCUUUCCAUGCUCCUGGAAAUGCCAGCCACCACGCAAAGAGGACCGCUGCCAAAGCUGCAAACCUGUGUCGGAGUCGUGUCUCACGCGCAGCAACAGCAGGCUGUACCAGGCGCUGCCACUAGCACCGAGGUGCGCAAGUUUGAGCAAACGGCAACCCAACCGCAGUCCCAGAUUCGCCAAAUGAGUAUACAAAACGAGGUGGUGAACGCGACGACGACGGUGACUAUACCAACGACGACGACGACGAUGCCGGCACCAGCAGCAACGACCUCGGCGCUCACCGCGGUUGUCCCUGCACCGACAAACGUGCCCGUCUCCGAGAACAUGGUGCAGAUAAUUGAUCAUAUAGACGACGUGAUACGCAAGGACAUAAUGGCGGACGUGAUGGACAAGGAUGAGAUAAACGAGAUCAUCGGCGACAUUGAGGAAUUGAUCAAGGAGGAGAUCACUGGCAGUCCGCGAACCCUGGACACGAGCGUCUCGACGACGACCUCGACAACGACCUCGACGUCGACGGCGGUUACCAGUAGUCUCCCCAACAUGCCCCGUCAGACGGUGGAAAUUCCGAUUGUAAUCUCGGAACCGAAGCCAGAGCCGAGGGACGUGGACGAGACUGUGUCGCUGUCUGAUUCGCCGCGAAGCGAAAUCGCGAUCGAAGAAAUCGACUCCAGCACCUCGAAUAUCGCCGAGAUCAUCGGUACCGUCGCUAUAGAACCGCAGGAACCCAAAAUUAUCGUCACGGAAAUAACAGAAAUCAUAUCUAAUACGCCAGAAGAAAUAAAAUCCGAGACGAGUACUUGCGACGAGAGGGUGACCGAGGAGCUUGCUCUGGAACUAGCUAACGAUGGAGAAAGUAAUAAGGAUACCCCGGUGGAGGAGAAAUCGGAUGUCGAAAUGAAAUCCGCAGACACCGCGUCUUCAAACGUCGAAGUGAGCAAUUCUAAGCCGGACGAAACAAAGGAAACAGUGGAGGAUACUGUAGCGGAAGCGGUGGUAGCAGAAGAAGAGGACGGCGAGAAGGAGGAAGAAGCGGAAGUGACCGCACCUGAUGACAAGGAAUCAUCAGAAAACGCCAAAGAGCUACGAGAGUCUCCAGAAGAUACUGAAGGUAAAGAUAAUAAAUUAGCUCAGUCAGAUAUAUAUUUAACAAAAAUUACAGGGGAUCAGCAGGACGUUCCAUCCGCGGAGAUUGUCAGCGUCUCUUCAGAAGUGACGAAUGAUUUGCCUAGUGCCGAAGACACGGAGAAGUCGCAAGAUAUCAGUCUGAUUUUAGAGGACGACGAAAGCAGCCAGAAUUCGGAAAAUAAGAAGAAAGCAGUGGCGGAGGAGCAGCUCAUUGAAAACACGGUCGAGAGCACCGAGUCUUUGGAAUCAUUCAAGGGAGACUCGAUGGUCCUAACGAAAGAGAAAACCGUGACAGAAGUAAAGGAGGACUCCUCGGUGAAAUCACAGGAAGAAGAGACCGUCGAGGAAACCUUAGAGAUAUACACGGACGAAUUUAAGAAGGAAGAGGUCAAGGAUUCCUCAGAGGAUACAACAAGCUCCAUUUUACAGGAUGUAGAAAUAAAGGAGGAAGAAAUCGAGCCGGUUGACGGAACUGAGAAUACCAUUCCUGCGGUAACUGUAGAAGAAGUGAAGAACGUCAAGAAUGAAUCGAUGGAAGUUGCGACAGUCGACGCAAACAUAAAAAAAUCCGAGAACGCGGAAGUUAAGUCCGAGGAGCCAAAAACCGAAAAAGAACCAGAAGCUACAGGUGCGUUUCGCGCGAAGAGUCCGCUUCCACCGGAAGAAGACAAAAAGGUAGUUGUAGAUAUAAAGCAGGAGAAGGAGGACGUGAAGAAGAACGUUGAGGGCGAGCAAAGCAUAAAGAAGGAGAUAGAAUCCACGGAAGAGCCCGGGGAAUUGGACGAAGAGGAGUCCUCGUUGAGUAAAUUGAGCGGCGGACGGGCGAUGAAGACGUAUUCGAAGAAGCAGAACGUCGCUGUGGACAGCGAGCCAGAGAACGAGGGCACGGGCGAGGGCGCGGAUUAUCGCGCCUGGAAGAAGGCGGUUAUGCUUGUCUAUAAUCGUUUGGCCACACACAAAUACGCAUCGGUGUUUCUCAGACCGAUCACGGAAGACCAAGCGCCCGGAUAUCAUUCGGUCAUCUUCCGACCGAUGGAUCUUUCGACUAUCAAGAAGAAUAUCGACAACGGCACGAUCAGAUCGACAAUGCACUUUCAAAGGGACGUAAUGCUUAUGUUUCAGAAUGCCAUUAUGUACAAUAAGCAUGAUACGUUUAUCUAUAAAAUGGCAGUUUCGAUGCAAGAAGAGUGCCUGCAGCAUAUGCAGAUAUUAGUACAAGUAACAGGAGAGGGAACCUUCCGAAGGGAGACCAGAACUGCCACAAGCAGUAGCAGCGAGGCAAGCGAAAGCAGCAUUAAGCGAAAACGGAGUCACAUCACUCCGAGUCCCCACGACACCGACAGUCCACGAUCAAAGAAACGCAGAAAGUCCGAGAACGAUUAAAUUACAAGCUCUACAUAUGAAAUAUCAAAAUUUGCAUUUGCAAACAUGUUGAAGAUGAAGGAAGGAAAUGCAAAAGGGAAAAAGUGAGAGAUAUUUCAGGCGUUGAGAAAUAUGUAUUGACUCGACUAUGAUUAGCGAAACAUAUGGGAGAAGUUUGUGAUAUAAUUACUUUCUUAUCAUAUUAUAAAAUUGAUUUAACUAUCAUACUUUAUAAUGUAUUAUAAAAUCUGACAACUGACAACUACAAAAUA